AUAAUGCGUAUAAGGGCGCGCGAUAUGGUUCGGGAUAUGUAGUGUUGUUUGAAACGUAGGCCUGUGCGUUUCUAACUUAUUUGGAAGUAACUGAUAAUUUAUCUUUUCUAUCUAAGAAAAGUAAUCAAUAAAUUUUGAUCCAGCAUUCUGCGCGAAUCGUUAAAGGCAUUAUUUGAACUUUGUUUCCAGCACGGUUCCAGUAUUUUUCCAGUGCAGUGGAGAGACUACAUCUACCACUGUCCUUUGCGUAUACGCCGUCCUCCUCAACUCGUAUCCGUUUGUGUUGGAAAAAAGGACUUUGUGAAAUUGUAGCGAUGUCAGUACAGGUUGUUGCAGCGAAAAUGGCCGAGGUCGAGCUGAACGACAUUCCCACCAAAGAGUUGGUACCUGUAUCCCCAGUGACACCAAAAGCUGAGGAUAAGGGGCUAAACAAAAAUGAAACGAAUCCCGUCGCGGCUACUUCGUCUGUGGCUCCUGCGCCGGAGACUGUGAGAGGGGACCCUAGCCCUUCGCCAACCCCUUGCCCGAACCCCGUGAAGAUGCCGCAGGCGUCCGCUAUGAAGCGAACAGACCCACAGCAAAACGGGGAAGCUUUCCUAAACCGCGAUGGUACGGUAGCCGAAGCCCCAAGGAUGAAAAAGCAGAUCCAGUUUGCAGACCAGAAGCAGGAGUUCAACAAGCGCCCCACCAAGAUCGGCCGCCGCUCCCUGUCUCGCUCCAUCUCUCAGUCCUCCACAGACAGCUACAGCUCAGCGGCCUCCUACACGGACAGCUCCGACGACGAGACCUCUCCCCGGGACAAGCAGCAGAAGAACUCCAAGGGCAACUCCGACUUCUGCAUCAAGAACAUCAAGCAGGCCGACUUCGGUCGCCGCGAGAUCGAAAUCGCCGAGCAAGAGAUGCCAGCGCUCAUGGCUCUGAGGAAGAGAGCUCAGGGAGAGAAACCACUGGCUGGAGCCAAAGUGGUGGGCUGUACACACAUCACUGCCCAGACUGCUGUGAGUAUAUUACACACACUAUCCUGUCUGGCUCCUGGGUCCCCAGUGCGGUGGAGACCUGGCUCUGUGCCAGCAUCGCUGAACUCCACCCAGAACGAGGUGGCGGCUGCUCUGGCAGAGGGAGGCUUCUCGGUGUUUGCGUGGAAGGGGGAGUCGGAGGAUGAUUUCUGGUGGUGUAUCGACCGAUGUGUUAACCUGGAGGGCUGGCAGCCCAACAUGAUUCUGGAUGACGGAGGAGACCUGACCCACUGGAUCUAUAAGAAAUACCCCAACAUGUUCAAGAAGAUCAAGGGCAUCGUGGAGGAGAGCGUCACCGGGGUUCACAGGUUGUACCAGCUGUCCAAGGCCGGGAAGCUUUGCGUCCCCGCCAUGAACGUCAACGACUCCGUGACCAAGCAGAAGUUCGACAACCUGUACUGCUGCAGAGAGUCCAUUCUGGACGGGCUGAAACGCACCACAGACGUGAUGUUCGGAGGCAAACAGGUGGUGGUGUGUGGAUAUGGAGAGGUGGGGAAAGGGUGCUGUGCUGCUCUGAAGGCCAUGGGCUCCAUAGUGUACGUGACCGAGAUCGACCCCAUCUGCGCCCUGCAGGCCUGCAUGGACGGCUUCAGGCUGGUGAAGCUGAAUGAAGUCAUCCGGCAGGUGGACAUCGUCAUCACCUGCACAGGCAAUAAGAACGUGGUGGUGAGGGAGUACCUGGACCGCAUGAAGAACGGCUGCAUCGUGUGUAACAUGGGCCACUCCAACACCGAGAUCGACGUGGUGAGUCCCGCGGGAGGACUGCCCUUAACGGGGGCUGCGUUUACAGUGUUAAUGCCUCACACGCACCACACACGCACCUCUCGUGCACAGUCACGCGAUACAGCAAGUCUGCUGCUCGCUGAGGGUCGCCUCCUCAACCUGAGCUGCUCCACAGUGCCCACCUUUGUGCUGUCCAUCACCGCCACUACCCAGGCUCUGGCUCUCAUAGAGCUGUACAACGCUCCUGAAGGUCGCUACAAACAGGACGUCUACCUGCUGCCUAAAAAAAUGGACGAGUACGUGGCGAGCCUGCACCUGCCGACGUUCGACGCGCACCUGACCGAGCUGUCCGACGAGCAGGCCAAGUACCUGGGACUCAACAAGAACGGCCCCUUCAAGCCCAACUACUACAGGUGA